GCGUUUUUUUCCCGUCGGAAUCUUAUUUUUUGCAUUCUUGAGCUCCGGGAGCGCGGUGGAGUUUUAGGAGGUGGUCAGAUCGAGCGCAAUGGGCGUUGGAUUUGGAGGCUUCAGAUGUGGAUUGGUCGGUUGGACGGGCCGAUUCGUGCGUUCUCUCUCCAUUUCUCGCAGAUUGCGCGCGGUCGUGUCGUGAUUCUGCGUGUUCUUUUGGUUUUUUCUUUUUUUUUGUAUUGAUGGUCCUCUGUGGUUGUGCUGUGCGAUUUGAUUUCUGGUGCGUUCGAGGCGGGCCGUUCCCUCGUGUAGUAGUAAUUCAGCUAUUAUCGGCCUUUGACUGUAAUUGCUCUUCGGUGAAUGGUUUGUAUGAGGAGGCGUUUGUGUUUUUCAACAACAUGAAUUCGAGUUUGAGGUUUGAGUGAAAUUUUCAGUGUUCAAAAUGAAAGCUGCAAAGCAUGUGGGUCCAUGAAAUGUUGCUCACUUGUUUUUGUUCAAAUUGGAGCAGUUCCUUCCAACUGGCAGAGGCAUGGAUAUGACAGGCCUAUUUACACAAAUAUUCAGUACCCAUUUCCACUUGAUCCUCCAAACGUUCCUUUGGAAAAUCCAACUGGUUGCUACAGGACAUAUUUCAGCAUCCCUAAUGAAUGGAAAGUUGUUGCACGCCAUGAAGCUGGUCAUGCAGUGGUAGGCACUGCUGUAGCAAAUCUGCUUCCUGGACAGCCACGGGUUGAGUGGGAGUAUGUGAAAUGGAUGAUUAAUCAAGUUUAUGAAAGCAAGCGGGCAGAAACUUUACGAGAUAAAGUCACAUCAUCUCUAACGUCAUUGUUCGAGCAAUACCGCACCGAUAUAUGCCCCCAAAGCAAUUUGAGGUCAAAGGGUACAAGGACAAUGAACGUGUCAAUGUCUCUUGUGGUUGGUGCGGACAUUAUGACUGCAAUGUAUCUUAGCCAAACGGGACAAGAAUAUUUGGAAGAAAAAUCCGAAUUAGAUAAGUAUUUGGAAGAAAGAUGUGAACGCUAUAGCGCUGACUUUGAUAUCUUAAAUUGGUGGAAAGUCAAUUCUUCGAGAUAUCCUAUCCUCUCUUCCAUUGCUCGAGAUAUUUUGGCCGUGCCCGUCUCAACUGUAGCAUCAGAGGCUGCAUUCAGCACAGGAGGUCGUGUACUUGACGUGUUUCGUAGCUCCUUGACCCCAAGCAUGGUGGAGGCUCUUAUAUGUACGCAAGAUUGGCUACAAUCCACACCACUUUCACUUUCAAUUGAGGAGGACUUAGAAGAACUCAAAAAUUUUGAGUCAGAGUUGUCAACUGUGACCGCGGAGCUGAACUCGAUAUUGGUUUCCCUUGAUGAUUGACGAACAAAAGAGAAGUAGUCAUCUCCUUGAUGUGUAAAGAAAGCAAGUGAGUACUGGAGAUUCUGUAUUCUUUUUUGCAGCUAGUCCAUUAUUCGAUUAUUUUUAAAAAAGGAAGGCUAAAAAAUUGCACAUUUCUAAUUCAUCAACUGAAAAACCAAAUCUACAGUGGGGUUGCAGAAAAUAUUUUGUCUCUCCUGGAGUCAGAUGAUGCCAAUGUACGAAUUCAUGCUGUGAAGGUGGUGGCCAACCUUACUGUUGAAGAUGGAUUUCCAUUCAAAUCUAGUUGGUUUGCAUAUCCAGCUUCUAUUGUAAUGAAUGCCAUUUGAGUGCUAUGUUUUGUGCUGUUACUUUCAGUGUUAGUGUCGUUUUAAUGUUAGGAGAGAUUGUAGGACUGGGAUUCCAUAAAUUAGAACUGUCCACUCAUGGUUGUAUUAUCUACUUGGAAAACCAAUGUGUCUUUCACUUGGCCAUUUAUAAGAGCACUCUAGUCAUUAAGAUAAAAAUCGACAUCUCGACAACUUAGUCCCUUCAAGAGUCAUUAGAAAUUCCUUCCCCGUAUUCUCUUCACUCCAUUACAACAAUUGUUAAAGAAGAUUGCCUAUUUCUGUCAAAAAACAAUCAAGCUGCCAGUUCUACCAAAGAGGGGUCAUGGCUUUGAUUCUAGUUGUUUGAUAGAAAUAGGCGACCAAUAUUGCUAAGUUAGCUUUAUUUCUGAAGAUGAACAAACUGAUUGAUGAGAAUUUUGAGGUUUUUCAAUUGGGGAUAAUCUGGACAAUAUUUAGAUCU